CUCUUGAAUAAUCAUUGGAAAUCUUUCUGCUGUUUCCAAAUACCCAGAGACCUGCUACAGCGGUCAAGAAUCAGCUUGCAAGGCCUGCUCCGCCCUGACUCCACUCAGUGAGUCAGUGAUGAUGAGGGAAAAUAUUUUCAUUUGACUUCAAACACCAGAACAAUCAAUUUCUGCUCUGCGCAAUGAAGCGACGAACAAGGUCGGUGUUUAUUCUUUGAAGCGCUAAUCAAAUUUGACAAGUAUUUUAUUACUUCAUUAAACGCACCCACGCUCUCGUCUUAUAUUGCCUGGUAACACAACAGCCAGCCAGCGACAGUCAGCGUGAUUCCUUGGUCAUUACUCACUCAUACGACGGAACAUAUUAUCGAAAUAAAAACCAUCAGUUUGGUCAACUGAGAGAGACAUCACCCUGCCCAGAAACGAGAAUUCCUGUAGUGUAAUCACAUAUUUAACUUUAAUAUUUGGGUAACAAUGUCAUAUGAGGGAUACACAACAUUCAAGGUCGAAGUGAAGGACGGCGUCGCUUGGGUUACGUUUGACUUUCCUCCAGUCAAUGUUCAAGGCAAUGCUAUGUUAGCUGAUCUCGAUCGUUUAGCUGCAGCAUUGGAGUCAGAUCGUGCUAUAAAGGUUGUUGUCUUCCAGUCCUCUCAUCCAGACAUCUUCGUCUGUCACGCUGAUAUUGACAUGCUCUGUGAAAUACCAGCAGCAGAGCGGAGUAGAUCAGAACCGAUAUUGUACUUACAGAAAGUUCUGCAAAGAAUCAGCUCUCUUCCCCAGGCAACCAUCGCAAAGGUCGAGGGUAUGGCGCGUGGGGGUGGUCACGAGUUCAUGCUUGCAUGUGACAUGAGGUUUGCAGCACGUGGCAAAGCCGUGUUCAUGCAGAUGGAGGUUGGAAUGGGAAUUGUCCCUUGUGGAGGAGGUACCCAACGCCUUGCGCGCCAAGUGGGAAUGGGACGAGCAAUGGAGAUCAUUCUCGGAGCACAUGAUUUUAAUGCUGAUCUCGCUGAGCGCUACGGUUCCAUCAACCGCGCUCUUAAUCCUGAUGAGAUUGGAUCGUUUGUUGAAGAGCUCGCUAACCGCAUCGCGAAAUUCCCAGCUGCAUCAAUCACAGCUUGCAAAAGAUGUGUUAUUAAGGCGGUUGAGACUCCUAUUGAAGAAGGUUUAAAGGAAGAGGCGUAUCAAUUGGGACAAGCAAUGGCGUCCACUCCGGCUGCGAAACGUUUUGCGUUUGGCAAAGAGAAAGGAAUUCAAAAUGACUUGGAGACACAAAAGAAUUGGGACAAGGGAGUGAUGGAUAUUCAAAAUAUUCAAUAGUGGAUUUGAAUGUCGUUCAAUCGUUUCUUGUUUGUUAUAAAUUCGGAUACAUCGUUGUAUUUCUGUCCCAUUUCGGACGUUCAUUUGUAUGAGUGGUCGCACAACCAAUAAACAAAUCAAACUCGUCACACAUUUUUGUUAAUUUUAAUUUCAUAUUCAGCACAGAUCUCUGAGCUUGUAGCGGGCAACAAACUAACAAGACUUUCUGCUGUUUCUACUCAUUUUAACUCAAGGUAAAUAUGAGAGACGAAGUGGAGCAGGGGGUAUGUUUAAGCCCCAGUUC